CCGAGUGUCGUCACUGAGGCAGGAGGAAAACAGCGCCUGACCGUUCGAGAUUCAGAAGAAUCAAAACAAGAGACAGACACGCCUUCGUCGUGUACCUUCGUUGACAGAACCGCAAAAAUCUGGAUGGUGAAAUAGCAGUAAAAGGCCGUGUCACCUGCAAAGGAAGACGAGGCAGAGAAAAGAACAUCGCGUCCCAUUAAAAGCGCUCGAAAUGUAAACCGCGGAAAUGAGAGACAACAGCUUUUGAUAAUCAGUAUUCAUUAAUACCAGGAACACCACGAUGCCCAACCAGAAAAACAACAAGGGGAAGAGAAACAAACGCACCAAUAGUAGUGGAGAUGAACAGGAAAAUGGAGCCAGUGCGGCCGCAACAGGAGCACAGGCGGCAGCAACAACAUUAUUGGGGGCUACAGCUGCACCGUCAAAUGAGAAUACGAGUGAAGCCCCAUGCGCCACACCUCUGGUGUGCAGUCUGGGCAGACCCAUCGACCUGGAGAAGGAUGACUAUCAGCGGGUGGUGUGCAACAGUGAAACCUGCCCCUACGGCAACUGGAUGCACCUGCAGUGCUUCUAUGAGUGGGAGAGCAGCAUCCUGGUCCAGUUCAACUGCAUCGGCCGGGCUCGCAGCUGGAACGAGAAGCAGUGCCGGCAGAACAUGUGGACCAAGAAGGGCUACGACCUAGCCUUCCGCUUCUGCUCCUGCCGCUGCGGCCAGGGCCACCUCAAAAAGGACACCGACUGGUACCAGGUGAAGCGCAUGCAGGACGACCGCAAGAAAAAGGUCCUGCCCGAGAAGAGCCUGGGCAAGUCCUGCAGCUCGGCCAGCGGGGGCGCGUGCGGCGGCGGGGCUGAUCCCUCUGAAGACCCCAAAAAAGGCCGGCACAGUGCAGGGAAUAAGCUGGCGCACAGGACGUCCAGUCAGGAGCUGCCGCGUCGGCAGUCCAUAGACCGGCAGAACUCUCAGGAACGGGGUCCCAGCGGGCUUUUCUGUGGCAACAGCCUGGGCCCACGCUCACCCUGCGACUCCCCCGGUCAGUCACCCCCUUCCGGUUUCUCCUUCUUCUCCCCGCCUGCCUUCGGCGGGCCCCGCGGUUCGAGGCACCUGGGCGAGUUCCUGAAGAACGCCGUCCACCUGGAGGGCCACCGGAAGCACCUGGUGGGCGGAGGAUUGGUGGGCCGCGGGGGCGGAGGGCACAGCCUGGAGCACGGCGCCGCCCUGCCCCUGCCCCGCCUCGCCCCGGGCGACAACCCCGUGCAGUUCCUGCGGAGGCUGGACCUCUCGGAGCUGCUGGCCCACAUCCCCAGACACAAGCUGAACACCUACCACGUGCGCAUGGAGGACGACGCCCACGCCGGCCAGGGGGAGGAGCUCCGGAAGUUCAUCCUGUCUGCCCUCAGUGCCAGCCACAGGAACGUGGUAAACUGCGCCCUGUGCCACCGCGCCCUGCCUGUCUUCGAGCAGUUCCCGCUGGUCGACGGGACGCUGUUUCUGAGCCCUUCCCGUCAUGACGAGAUCGAGUACGACGUGCCCUGCCACUUACAGGGACGUCUGAUGCACCUGUAUGCGAUUUGUGUGGACUGCCUGGAGGGAGUCCAUAAGAUUGUCUGUAUAAAGUGCAAGUCACGCUGGGAUGGGAGCUGGCACCAGCUAGGCACGAUGUACACGUAUGACAUACUGGCUGCCUCGCCAUGUUGCCAGGCUCGGCUGAACUGCAAGCACUGCGGAAAGCCGGUCAUAGACGUUCGAGUGGGAAUGCAGUACUUCUCAGAAUACAGUAACGUGCAGCAGUGUCCUCACUGUGGGAACUUAGACUAUCAUUUCGUCAAACCAUUCUCUUCCUACAAAGUCCUGGAAGCCUAUUGA